AUGGGCAGCAUUCCUUCCAGUAGCGGAGGAGGAAAUCCUGGCGAUGAGUACGACAAGGACAAGAAAAGCGGAAAAGGGAAAGGGGAUGAGAGAGGCCAAAAGCUCGACAAGAAGGCGCUGAUGGAGAAAAAGAACGCAGUGCAAGAGAAAGCCCGGCAAGCUGACUUUGCAGAGAAAGUGAAAGAUAAGAAUAGGCGCAUGGAAGAGAAUGACAAAAAUGUCCGGACGAAAUUGAAGGAGAUUCGACAACAGCAAAGAAGCGCAAACGGCGCGGGGGCAGCGCCACUUGAGAUGACUGAAGAGGAUAAAGAAAUUCCUACCACUGAAACUGAGGACACGACUCCGAAGAAGCCAGCUAGGCCGGAAAUGACGGAGGAAGAGGAAGAGCGACUGAAGAACAUCCGAGCCGCAGCACGGAAGGAACGCGAACGAAAGGAGCAAGAGGAAAGAGAGGAAGAUGAGCCCAAGAAACUCCAGGCGACAGUCCAGGGCUCAAAUUCGACUGUGGAUUCCCUUGCCAACGACGCUGAAUCCAAGGAGCGCAAGAGGAGGCUCAAGCCACGUGCUUCUGCACCUUCAGUCGCUCAAGACCCGUCCGACUCAGACAGCAUCAAGCCGCCCCAGCCUAGCACACCAGUCAAACCCAAGCCAAAAGCCAUACCGGAAGCCAAGCCGGUGAUUCGAAAGCCCCCUGUUCCUUUUGCUGAGCAUCUUGCUGCAGAACAAACUGCUCAAGGUGGUGAGCCUAAGCCAAAAACGCCAAAGAAGACCAGUGAGCCGAAGCGAAAGGCAAAGACUUCUGGAAAGUCAGGAAACAAGGAGACGAAGGCUGUGAAGACCAACGGGAAUAAGGAGCACAAGUCUGCGGGAUUCGUCGCCGACAGCGAUCUUGAGAACGAUUCGACGGAAGACAUUGAACUGCGCAGUGACAAGCUGCAGAGCGAUAAACUUGGCGUCGAGAUCACUUCAAUCACUACCAUGACCACUGUGGCGGUCGAAGUCCAGCAAAGGGACGGCUCGGCAGAGCGCACUCAAGUGACAGAUACCACCACGGCUAGACGUGACUCUUCUGAAUAUGGCGAGACCACAAUAGGGCACACCUCCCACGUCCAGACCGUCACUGAACUUGAUGUGCUCCACCAGGAACUUCCACAUGACUCGCCCUCAUCCUCGCCUGAGCAGGAUCUGCAAGACGGCUUCAACACAUCUACCAAUGCCAUGGGUAUCAAGCUAUCUGUCUCGCAUCCUCCAGCAUCAACGCCUUUGACUUCUCCCAGCUCACACAGGAAGCACAAGAGCUCAAGUGACAGCGAGGAAGCACAGUCUGAACCGAAAGCCGAGCAGCAGGAUUUACCUUCUUCACCAUCCUCGCCAAAAAAGCGCAAGAUCACACCACCGGCAUCGCCAUCUACAGAUGACGGCACAGCUUCUUACAGCCCAAGCACUGCUCCCGCUGAGAAUGCCGUUUCUUCCGAGGACGUUACUACCACACCGAAGCCAACAUCUUCAAGCCCGCCAAUCUCCCCAGGCGCGGCAUCGGUAGCAUCUUCAAUCUCAUCGUCAUCAAGCCAGAAGCGCAAGGCAAUAUGGUCAGAAGAUGAUGGUCAAAUUACGAUCAGUCCUGGUGGCACGAAGAGGGCGAAGGGUGUGCAGUCCAGCGGUGCCAAGGUCAUUGUGGAACUGGAAGAUGUCGUAAAGGUUGAAGCUGAGGACGACCAGGAAAGCUUCGAUUCGCUGUUUGAUGAGUAA